AUGAGCGCAACGACCAGCCCAUCUUCAUCCAACAACAUUCCCAAAAGUCAAUCCUGCGAAGAAAUCCCGGAUAUCAAUCAACGCAGAAGGCAUCCAUCGCUCGGAUUCCUCGAAGUUUCAACGGGUCGUGGUUGUGACAGUUCCGACAACCCAGAUCGUCGUGGACACGAGUCAAAAGAGAAAAGGAGAAGAUUCAAUGGACGUUGA